AAACAGACGAGUUCAGUUAUUUUUUCUGCUUUGAAAUGUUCGUUAGUUGUGGUCUCUUCAUAGCAGUGUGCAUUUUGGUACAAUGGCUAUAUAGAAUAAAUAAAGACUAUUAUAUACUAGCUUUCUUUUCGAGACGUGUACGCACCAAGGAUGGAAGUCCCGUUGAAAGUAUUCUUCCCAUACCAAAGGGUCGCACAAUCUUUGCCAACUGCUUUGAUCUAUAUGGAAAAGACGAUGCUGGAGUUUUUAAACAUGGUCGAAAAAUAGCAAAGGAAUUUGGCCGCAAUUAUUUGGUUUAUAGCUUAGGCAGACCUAUAUACACCGUCAUCGAUCCGGAAAAUGUUGAAUUUAUUUUAAACAAUACGAAACUUAUUACCAAGGGCAUUGUUUAUAAUUUUAUGCAGCCGGCUCUACGAACUGGCUUAUUAACCGCCACAGGUCAAAAAUGGCAUAUGCGACGCAAAAUGAUAACACCCACAUUCCAUUUUAAUAUACUGGCUCAAUUUCAGGAAGUUUUCAGAGCGGAAAGUCUUAAGUUUGUGGAACAGUUCCAUAAUCAAAAGGAAAGUGAAAUUUCCCUCAGCCAACUCAUACCCAAGUUUACACUCAACAGCAUAUGCGAAACUGCCAUGGGUAUAAAGCUUGAUGAUAUGUCGGAGAAGGGCGAUCGUUAUCGUGAAAGCAUUAAGAUGGUUGAAAAACUAUUUGUAAAACGCUUGAGCAAUCCAUUGCAUUAUAAUAAAACGAUGUACAAUCUGUUUGCCGCUAGCAAGGAUGCUCCAUAUCUAAAGGUAAUGCAUGAAUUCUCCAGUGAAAUAAUUGCAAAACGUCGAAUUCUUUUGGAAGACGAACUGCAGCAAAGACGAAUUGAUCAAUUGCCAGACGACGACAUUUAUAUUAACAAGAAGAGACGCUUUGCCAUGUUGGAUACCCUAAUAUGUGCGGAAAAGGAUGGUCUAAUUGAUCAUGACGGCAUUUGUGAAGAGGUUGACACUUUAAUGUUUGCUGGCUUUGAUACUACAUCGAUGUGUCUUAUAUUUGGACUCAUGAGUCUGUCAUUACACCCGGACAUACAAGAACGUUGCUAUCAAGAGAUAAUGGAUAAUUUAGAUGAUGAUCUCAACACAUUGGACCUUAACCAAUUGGCUAAACUAAAGUAUUUGGAAUGUGUUAUUAAGGAAACGAUUCGCAUGUAUCCAUCAGUCCCCGUAAUGGCUCGUCAGACUCCAAGUGAGACAGAAUUGCCUAAUGGAAUAAUUUUACCCGUCGGUACACAGAUUGUAAUACAAGUAUUUGAUCUACACCGAAAUUCCAAACAUUGGGAUGCACCCGAAGAAUUUGAUCCAGAACGUUUCCUGCCAGAGAAUUACAAUAAUCGUCAUACAUUUGCUUAUAUUCCAUUUAGUGCCGGUCAGCGUAAUUGUAUUGGUCAAAAGUAUGCCAUGCUUGAGAUCAAAACGCUGCUGAUUUAUAUUAUUAAGCAAUUCAAAAUUUUGCCACUUAUCGAUCCAAAAGAUUUGAUUUUUCACAGUGGCAUUACUUUAGGUGUUAAAAAUAAUAUUAAAGUGAAACUUGUUAGACGUGACUAAACAAAUGCUUAGAAACAUGUAUAAAAUUGUAUGCCUACCGAUUUAGAAUUAAUAAAAAUCUCGUAAGUACAGUGUAUAAAUAAACUUA